CCCUAUGCAAGACAUACGGUACAACCAACGUCCUGUACCCCUGAGCAUGCGGCUGAACAUGCUCCGGGAAGAAUGUCUCUGUAUCAUGAGACAGUCGAUAUACUAUCGGCAACGCCAUCUACUGGCGGCAACUUGAAAACUCGCAUCUUUGGGAAGAAGGACCUAAAGUCUCUUCAGCAGCAAGUCUACGCCCUAGCAUUGGAGACUUGCAAAUGGAGUCCUGUGCUAAAAGAAGUUAUUGAUAAUUCGGAACUUUUACGUCAUGAGCGCAAGCUUAGCCCCUUACUGGCUCUACUGCUCGUCCAUGAUUUCAUAUUAUCCAAGAAAGGUAUUGCGCUUCCUGCUAGUCAUGGUCUCAGAGCUUCAAUUGAGCGUCAUAAGGCGCGUCUGAACGCCGAGUUCACUAGGGCACGUCUACGGAGGAAAGCUGGGUCUGUCGAAGCCCUCAGGGAGCAAGUUACUGCCGAAUUCUUGGGCGGGGCAGCCGCCUAUCCACGAUGGGUGCGUGUGAACGUCUUAAAGACUACCAUUGAGGAUCAGUUAGCAACCACUUUCGUUGCUUUCACCAGGGUUCUUAGCGUUGGCGAGGUCACCGCUGCUCCUGGAAAAUUCUUAUAUGUCGACGAACAUAUCCCGAACUUGGUAGCUAUAUCACCUAGCUUUGAGAUCACCAAGACGGCAGCCUAUACGUCUGGAGCUAUAAUACUGCAGGACAAGGCUUCUUGCUUCCCCGCGUACCUACUAGAUCCUCGCUCUGAAGAUGGCGAUGUCAUUGACUCCUGUUCGGCGCCUGGGAAUAAAACAACCCAUCUCGCAGCCAUCGUACAUUCUCGGGUCCCAGAGAAGGAGGGAUGUACUCAGACCGUAUUUGCGUUUGAGAAAGAUCCAAAGCGGUCGCGGACCCUAGAGAAGAUGGUAAAGCUAGCUGGUGCCAAGGAAAUCACGAGAAUGAGCUUCGGUCAGGACUUCCUUAGGGUCGAUCCGAAUUCCGAACUGUUCGCAAACGUUGGCUGCUUGCUUCUAGAUCCCAGCUGCUCGGGUAGUGGUAUAGUUGGUAGAGAUGAAAUGCCGGCGAUAUACCUUCCCGACGUCCCAGGCGCGUUCAAGAAGCCGCUCCCUAACACCAAUCGUAAGCGGAAACGUGAUGAUUCCGAGGCUGGUAAGGACACAGCACAGCCGAUCAUGGUCGAUGAUGAUGGGAAGGAAACAGUAGUUACCUCCAAAAAGGAAUUGGAGGCACGCUUAGAAGCACUAUCAUCAUUUCAACUUGUUCUGCUACUCCACGCCUUCAAGUUCCCCGCUGCGAAGAAGAUCACUUACUCGACUUGUUCAAUCCACGCCCAGGAGAACGAGCAAGUCGUCUUAAAAGCUCUACAAUCCGAUAUUGCUAAGGAGAGGGGCUGGCGCAUAUUACGGCAGGACCAGCAGGUCCGAGGUCUUCGCGAGUGGCCGGUUCGGGGAUCCGUCGAAGCGAGCGACGGGGAUUUUGAGGUUGCCGAGGCGUGCAUUAGAUCUUACAAAGACGAUGGGCGGGGCGUCAUGGGAUUCUUUGUUGCUGGUUUUGUCCGCGAUGUGAAAUCUGCUUUCGAGGAUGGCGAUGGUCCUUAUAUUCGCGAUGAUAGUGGUCGCAUUAUUAGAGAUAGCAUGGGUAUGCCGACGUUUAAGCCGGGAUAUGGCCCUAGUUCUGUGGGUAGUGGUAAGAGGGCCGAUCAAUGUGCACGAGCUGAUGAUACUCAGCGUGGUGCGAACGAGGGAGAGAAAGAAGAUGAAGAGAGUGAAGGAGAAGACUACGAUAUGGAUUCUGAAGCCAAGAGCGACUUGAGCAGCAAUGACAGUAGCCAAAGCGAUUCUGAUGAGGGGGAGUGGAAUGGGUUUGAUGAUUGAUAUAGAAUACCAUUUCUAAGGAUAAUAUCCAACUUGAUAUAUACCUACCUACCUAGGUAGUUAACUUGAAUAAAAAGAAUAUAUCGCUGUAA